AUGCACAUUGAAAAAGUUAUUAUCGAGGGAUUUAAAACCUUCAGAAACAAAACAGUUUUGUGUCUGAAACCGGGUCUCAACGUAAUAGUUGGGAGAAAUGGAGCUGGCAAAACUAAUGUCAUGUGUGCCAUACGGUUUGUGUUGUCACACGAGUUUCAUCACCUUUCUCAGAGAGAAAGAGAGAAUUUCCUGCAUAGCUCAGCUGGGUUCCGUGCCACAUCUGCUUAUGUUGAAAUAAUUUUCAAUAAUGAAGAUAGACGUUUACCAGAAGAAACAAAAGAAGUGAGCUUAAGGCGAGAAAUAACAUCAACCAAAGAUGUUUACCUGCUCAAUGGACGUAGCAUUUUGAAGCAUCAAGUUCAGAAUGCUUUGCAAUUUGCUGGGUUUUCCAAAGUUAACCCAUACUACAUUAUAAAGCAAGGACAAAUAAAUAAUUUAGCGAUGUUGUCGAACGAGAAACGACUGGCACUACUCUCAGAAAUAACAGGGGCUGGUUUAUGGAAAGAAAUUCGACCUAAAGAUGAUUCACUUCUCAAAGAUGCGGAAUUUAAAAUCACGGAGCUGAGAGAACUUGUUAAAGAAACGGAAGACGACCUCACGCGUUUAGAAAAAGAUGAACGUCAAUAUCGGAAGUGGUCAGAAAUCAAUACAAAGAAACGAGCCGUCGAAGCAACUUUGGCUAGGAAAGAACAGGCACAACUGGUAGAAUGCAUAGCGAAGGCGAAGAUGCAAUUGAGUAACGCACAAACUGAAGGCCAGACAGCAAGCGCUGAAAUGGCACAAAAAAAUGAAAACGUAGCCGAAGUCGAGAGACGCUCCAAAUUGUACCAAUCGGAAUUUCGUGCAGCUCAAGGGAGACUGAAAUAUCUAGCAGAAAUUGCUCAGGACCUUGCGCUGGAACAUAGCAAGCUGGAGCUAGAACUAACUGACAAACGCGAAAGAUCAGCAAAUAACAAUACGGAGAAGCUCAGCGAGGAGCUGUUGCGUAUUGAAAGAGAAAUAUCCGAGAAGAACGAGGAACUUUUAGUUGUAUGUAAUGACUACGAUACAACAAAGCGUGAAGAAUUCGAGAUUAAUGCAAGAUUGAUGCUGGACGAGCAGCGCCGCCAACAACUUUUUACAAAACUUGGGCGGGAGGCCUUAUUUUCUUCUAUACAGGAAAGAAACCACUGGAUUAAAGACGAACAAUGUAAAUUAAAUCGGCUCAUUCUCCAAGAAGAGGAAGAGCUGCGAAAUAUCACCGAAGACAUGAAGGACGAAGAAUUGAAGGCAAAAACUUUGGAAACCGUUAUAGCGGGUAUCGAGGAUGAAAAAUUGGCAGCUCUGAACUCGGUGAAAAUACUGAAUCAACGUAAGCAAGACUUACUAUUGGAGCAAAGGAGAUUACGAAUGUCCCGCAAUGAAUUAUGGCGGAAAGAGUGCGACGUACGUGACCACUGGAAACAAUCGUAUGACAAACUGGAAAGACUCAAGUGCCAACUUAGGAGUGCAAUGUUUUCGCAAACCCAAGUCUUGGAAGGUAUUGCAAUGAUACUUGAUAACAUGAAAAGAGAAGGACAAGGCACCCUUGCCUUUGAUAUGGCAUCUCAGUAUCGUGGCUUACUGAUCGAUCAGUUUACAUGUGCAGAUGAAGUAUGCUGUGCCAUCGACGCUGUGGGGGGGAACAGACUCUUCUACAGUAUCACUGAUACCGAUGAAGCGGCUUCUGAGAUACUGAAAUGGAUUAAUAAGGAACCUUACAAAAAUGGGUUUGGCUUACCGGGUUCAUUUAAUUUCUAUGCUCGCAAUCGGCUUAAAAGAACUCCUCCAAUCGGCCCCAUCAGGAAUCAAGAUGAUGUGAUGCCAAUGAUGACCAUAGUGAACUGUGCCCCCGAAAUGACGCCUGUUGUGGAACAGAUUUUCGGCCGUGUGCUUGUGUGUAGGGACUUCGAUGUUGCUUUACGCACCGCGAAAACGUAUGACAUAGAUUGCGUCACGUUAGAAGGAGACACGGUUCGAAGGAACGGUGUUCUUAAUGGUGGUUACCGCAAUAUUGCUCAUUCUGGCUCCAAGAUCUAUUUUGAAUUGAAACAAACAAGGGAAGUAGAACAAACUGAAUUGGCCUACCUGCAUGAAGUGGAAAUUGAAAUCCAAGUCGCGGAUUACAAAUGCAACGAAAAUGCAAGUGAAUUACAAAAAAUUGAAACAAAGCUUAGCCAAACAAAAGUAGAACUUCUUGAAGAAGACCUGAAGAAGCAACGUAGCACCUUAUCUCUUUCAAGGCAAGCACUAGAAGGAAAAUUAGCGAUAACCAGGAAGCUGAUGAUGUCUGUGGAAGCGAACCGUGCUAAGAUUGAAAUGUUAGAGGACGAGCUUGAGAAGGACUUUGAAACGGAACUUGGAUCAGAGGAAAGGUCCGAGGUUGACAAGUUGAAUGAAAGAAUUCAAAGCGACAAAAUAAAUCUUAAAAAUGUAAAUGCUACCCGACUGAAGCUUGAGGGUAUGAAGAAUUCCCUAGAGUCACAAUUGAAUGACCACCUCAUGCGAACAAAACAAAAUCUUGAACGUAUCAUCCGUGAGAAAAACGACUGCGGUCCGUAUGGAGCCGAAGUCAACAAGCAAGCAAUAAAAGACAUGGAUGAACAUCUUAAGAAACUUGAAUCGAGGAUGAAAGAAAAUAGUAAAGAAAUUGGGAUUAUUGAAGACAGAAUCGCCGAGUUGUCCAAGGCAGUUGACGAAUCCAAAAACGAGUUAGACGGUGCCAAAAAUCGACGACACGAACAACAAAUAGAGUUGGACAGGCGUCAUGAUGCUAUAAACAGGAUAUUAGAAUCCAUCAAGCGCAAAGAAGCUGCUUUGAAGGUUGUCAUUUCAACGCUGGGUACCCUUGGAACUUUUAGAGAAGAAAAUGAAAAGAAAGUUAUGAAUAUCUACGCUGAGUACAACGUAAAAAAGCUGGAGCGAGAACUAAUCUUGGUUAAAGACGAGCUAAAGCGCUUUGAAGGAGUCAAUCAGAAAGCUCCUUUGGAUUACGCUUUCACAGCAGAGAAGCUGGAGGAUUUGAAGGAACAAAUGGUUCGUUUGAAGAAUGGUCAUCGUCAGUGCAUUGAACUGAUUAAAAAUGUGGAUAGCACGAAAAAUAAUGCUAUCCAGUACUCGCUUAUGCAAGUGGCCAGAUCGUUCCGCAGAAUGUUCAAAACGCUGGUUCCUAGCCCGGGGAUUGGCCAUCUAAAAUGGACUUGCGACGGCCAAGAAAGUGACUCAGACAGUGAAAACGAAGGCGAGCCCCAGAUUCCUGAUGUUGAUCGGAUCACUGGAGUCGCUGUCAAAGUGUCGUUUUCCAAUACCACCAGUAUUCAAGAUUUCAAUAGUCUUUCGGGUGGUCAAAAAUCGGUCGUUAGUAUGGCAUUGAUUUUUGCUAUCCUCAUGAUGGAUCGUGCACCAUUUUAUCUUCUUGACGAGGCUGAUAUGGCGUUAGAUGCAAGUUAUCGCUCAAAGGUGGCCGACAUGGUUGGUAAAUUUUCUCAGAAGUCUCAGUUCAUCGCCAUCACGUUUCGCCCCGAAUUGUUGGAACACGCAGACAACAUUAUAGGAGUCUUUUUCGAUGCUGCUACACAGAUCAGCCGCAUCACUUCCAUUACAAGAGAAGAGGCACAUGAUUUUAUAAGCAACCACGGAAGCGAAUCAACCGACAGCAGUUGUUCACCUAGCAGCGGAGCCAGCCUUCAGUGAAAUCCCGUUCAGCUUUUAUGGCCUCCCUCAGUCGCUUUAAUGUAUGAAACAGUUUUUACUAAGAAAACUUUCCGUUUUUGUUGAUUAACUAUCUACGCUCAACAGUUAAGUGUCCUUAUGCGUUUUGUUCUUUUAAUUUUAUAUAUGAGCAUUUUUUUCGGGGGGCGGGGGGUUGAUGGACGUGUGCAUUUUACCAGAGCAGGUUUUAUUUUUUAGUUAUCCCUCGUUUAAGCCGCACGAAUUUUAAAGGUGUCUUGACACCCUUCAAAAUUACAUUUGGGCGAAAUAUUUUCAAUACACAUUAAUCUCGUAGUGAAGGCAACGUUUCGUUGCUGUCGUUUCGCCGAAUGCAUGUUGUUUAUUCUCUAAAUAAUUUAUGGCAAAAGAAAAAAAAAUCUUG